CGCCAUUUUUAUUAUUUCACAACAAUGACUCACGGAGAACACUUUGAAGAAAUUUUUAAACAGUUUAUAGUUAAAUGAAAUUGUUAAAACUACUGCGUUACUUGGCUCAACUAGCAGACAAUAGUGUUGAUAAUAAAAGACAAAUUAAAAAUAAUCUACAUAAAUAUCGAUAGUGACCAUCGAAUGAACAUUCCUCCAAUUCGCUCAAAAAAAAAAUAUUUUGGGAAGACGACGGACGAAUAACAACUUGAUCAAAAUGGACCAACGAGAUCGGCAGCUGAUCCAUCGUCACAUGGAUCAAUUGAUACUGCACACCAACUAUAAGGUCCUAUUAAACGAAUGCAUUGGUCGCCGUAUGCUGUCCGAGGUGAUGAAAUCCAUAAUCGAGGAUCGCUAUCUAGAUGAGGCCACGCGACACAAGAAGCUUUUCGAAAAGAUCACCAAACGAGGUCCAAUGGCAUUUCAGACUUUACUGGACAUAUGCCAGCAUGAUUUUCCGAUUGCGUAUGGUUUGCUCAAGCAUGGCAACACACCGAAUAUAACAAUCGGUUCCAACAACAAUAGAAAUCCCGCUCAAGAAUACAACUCGACAUAUCAACCGAAUCGGGUGCGCUCAAUCAGCGCCAACUUGGGUGAUUCCACCAGUGCCAUUCGCCAAAAGAUGCGCAACAUGUCGCUCGGAUCACGAUCAGUUUCCGAAGAGGACGAUUCCAGGAAUAAUAACGAUAUGAGUGAAACCACUGACAAGGGUGGCCUGCGCAGGCUGGAGGAAUUUCGUGAAAAGGUGCAAAGCCCGUAUCAGGUGGAGUUAUCGGCAAGACCACAAAAACAUCGGCUGCUGGAUGCGUACGAAAUGAGACGACGCAAUCGUGGGGUCGCUUUUAUAGUCAACGUUAUUACCUACAAGAACGAGACGCAUCCGACAAGAAACGGUGCUGAAGCGGAUAGGGACAAUCUGGUGUCGCUGUUUCGGCAGCUUGGAUUCACCGUAUUCUACUAUGAGGAUCUUACCCGAGAGGAGCUCAUCAACCUAAUCACUGAACUAAAGCACUCCAGCCACCUAUCGACGGAGUGCUUCGCGUUUUACAUGUUAGCGCACGGAAAUCACACCAAGGGUAGGGACAAAAUCUAUCUUUACGACAAUUCUGUGCUUUUCGUCGAAGAUAUUCUUACACGUUUCAACAAUGCCAACUGCCCCAAACUGAUCCGCAGACCGAAGCUGUUCUUUUUCUCCAUCUGUCGCGGCGACCAGGCAGAUUACGGUACUUUGCGGCCUUCGGAGCACACCGAGCGAGACGGAAUGAUCAAUAUGAAGAAGGAUCCCCCGACCAAUAUGGCAACCUACGGAGACAUGCUGAUAUGUUUCCCGACGGUGCCCGGCUAUGCGGCCCACCGAGAUCGCGAGAAUGGAUCUUGGUUUGUGGAAAGUAUGUGCAAGAUCUGGUCCAAGCACGCCCACGACACGGAUGUAGAGCAGCUGAUGAAGCUGGUCGGCAAGGAUGCCAGCACCUAUCGGACUGAGCAAAACAAUGCCCUUCAGACGCUGGGCAGCGAGCAGAGAGGAUUCUUCAAUGUGCUGUACCUCAACCCGGGGUACCAUGAGGAUUAGGGUCGAAAGGGGCAAUUAAAAGUACCAGAUGAAAGUGAUAAGUUUAUUGUUGAUAUAAGAAAAGGGCUAAUGUUUAGCUACUUCCUGAUAUGUUAAUUGUAUUAUUUCAGGAAGAGUUUAUGAUCUGUAGCAUUUAACACAAGUUUAUAAGUUUUGAUCAAUAAAACGCAACGAAUUUACAGAAAAAAA